GGAAACCCACAGGCCAGCCAAUGGCAUGCAGCGUCUCACCAAGACUUGGCUCACAUGUACAUUUACCAAAUCCGUGCUGAGGAGUUACCAGGGCAACGAACUACAGCGACAAGAAUACGCCUACUAAUUAUGGUGAGCGGCUUACAUAAUAUUCACUUGACCCCAGCAGAGACUACAACUACAUCUAGACAGGCGAUGAGGCUGUGCUGUCGUUGGCCUGUCGCUGUCAUCGAUGUAUGAUGUAAUCCUCCAGUAAUGCUCCUCACCUCGUCAUGUCGACUGUGCCAUGGCCGCCCUCCGCUUGCUUGCUCCUCCCAACACAAAAGCGUGCCCGCAGUUACCAAGACAACUAGAGUUGAUCCGACAAGCUGCACAUGUUCUGGCAGAAAGUUGGGCCCGGCCCCGCUGCUCCUCCCUGUAUGGCUCAGUCUGGUGCUCGUGUUGCUCGGUGGAAGCUGCAGAGGAAGUGAUUCAAAGAUGUUGUGUGAUGCCGACGAGAAGCCGCUGCUACUGUCGCCAUUGAUCGCUGCUGGCCAAACACAUUUGGCGCAGGAAAAAAGUCGUGUAAGAUGUUUGUCCGGAAGUGACGUGGAUAGCUACGCAGGAUUCAUAAGCGUAGAUAAACCUGUAUGUGACAGCCACCUUUUCUUCUGGUUUUUUCCGGCUCAGGAAAACACUGAAAAGGCCCCCGUACUGCUGUGGCUCAAUGGCGGACCGGAUCGAUCCUCACUGUACGGCGCCAUGUUUGAACACGGACCUCUCCAGCUGACAGAGCCUCUCUCCGACACUGUAAGACGGCGAAAUGUGACCUGGGUGAAAUAUUUUUCUAUGCUCUAUGUGGAUAACCCGCUUGGAGCUGGGUUCAGUUAUACUAACAACAAUUGCUACUCCUCGACUCUGAAUGAAACGUCAGCUAACCUUUACAGUUUUCUGCAGCAGUUCUUCCUUCUGUUCUCGCAGUUUUCAGCAAAUGAUUUCUACAUUGGGGGCCAGUCAUACGCAGGCAAGUACGUGCCUGCCCUGGGUUACUACAUACACCACCAGAUGGACAGCAGCGACAAGCCGCGCAUGCGCCUGAAGGGCUUCUAUAUUGGAUCCGGAUUCUGUGAUCCUGAAACGAUGUUUCCAGAAUAUCCAGAGAUGCUGUACAACGUGGGUAUAUACACAGAUUACACUCGCCGCCAGCAUAAACAAAUCAUCAUGGAGGGUUGGAGCAAACCUCACCAUAACCCUUUCCACCCGGAAGAAAGGGACUUUUGGAGAAUCAUGACCUACUACUUUAAGGAAGACCCUGCUCACAAGGUCGUGUUCGUCUCCUCAGUUUACGAUCAGCGACGAGAUUUUACGGAGGACGGCCAUUUGGACAAGAAGUUGUACCACUUCCUGAGCAUCCCGUCUGUCAAGAGCGCUCUACACACGGGUGGCCUGCUGGCGCGCGAGAUUCCACACAUCAGCCGCUUUCACCACCUGGAGGCCGUGAGGGGAGUCCGUCAGGAGAUGGCCUUCCUCAUGGACCGAUACAAGGUUCUGCACUACACGGGCAACAUGGACAUUAUCAUCAAUGUCAGGAUGACGGAGGCAUUUCUGAUGGCCACGCCCUGGAGGGGUCAAGCCGCUUACAACAAAAGCCAGAGACAUCCGUGGAUGUACAACGCCCGUCUGGCCGGCUACGUCACGCAGCUGUACAACUUCACCAGAGUAGUCAUCAGGAACGCAGGCCACGAUGCCCCUGCAGACCAGCCCGACUGGACCCUGGCCAUGAUGCAACGGUUCAUCCAUGACCAGCCCUUUGAGUCGUCCGCACGCGCUGGCUUAUGACGUUUGGAGUCCAGGCUAUGGUGCCUGGACAUCAGCUUUGCUCUCAUCAUUCUGUCCAUGCAGCUGCUGUCUGCUUGUUGCUGACGUUUCUUCCGCUCACCCCCUAACGCUUGCGUUCAUCCUCCCCCCUCCUCCCGUUUCCUCUCUCCUUUUAGCAACAUUAUCACAGUGCCCUCCCUUCCCAUCCCCCAUUCGACAAGACACUUCAAUUCCCUGUCUCAGAAACCCGUGUUCCCGCAAGACCCAUUAGUGUAAACCUGGACGACAGACAGUUCAGCUGUAACGCGUUGUCUGUCUUUUUGAGUGACGUACACUGGCUGUGACGAACAUUCGUGAGUCUGACAUUCCCAGCUGUGAUGCUCUCGUCUUUGAGAAAUACUGUAAAGUGACGUGCAGCUGACACCGCGGGACAUGACACUCACGUGAUAGACUGCGCCAUGUCAGAAGAACUAGAUGUCAUGAAAAAUAAUGAGAUGACACUCACCUGCCGCAAAUCAUGUGCCGAUGGUAAGGCGUCCGAUGCGGUCCAAUAGAUGCAGGUGUAAUUUGUACAUGUUAAUGGUAAUAACACGGUGCGAUUAAUGCUUUUGCACUGAACAUCCUCACACUUUGUUCCUGGGUGGUGCAGCCAUGGCCUGAAAUGAUUGUUAACCGAAAUAGAAGUGCUACACGCUUCAUUCUGUAAACAUAUGGUAGCAUCACAUUCUUGUAGUAUGUUAUCGCAUAUUAGUAAGGUUAAAUAUUUAAUAAUACUGUCGUCAUCAUAAGGAAUUUCGCCGGAUUCUUCUGCAAGUAAAAUUUUUCUUCCAUUAGUAACUAUUAGUAACCCAAAUCACACUAUAUUUUAUACACCUUAAUCAAUGUGCCUAUAGGCUAAUCAAUGAAAAGUCCCGAAAGAUCUCGUAAAAUAUUCGGUAUGCUCCAAAUGUAAAAUGUAAAAUAAAAGGUGUAUUUGCUUGAAUAGCUUCUGUCCCGUCGCCUGUUUGUGUCAUGCAAAGCUUCAAGUACGCUAUACUAUCUAUUAGUACAUUUUAUGUCAAACUUGAUGCGUGUCUGCGUGCACAUGCAGUUUUGCUCUGCAAGGGGCUGGAGCUUUAAGUGUGUUGCGUGCACAUAUCUUGUGUGAAAUAAACAGAAUGGAAAGACUGACAAUCAGGCGCAGAGAUGUCAAUGGUACGCAUGACUGCACGACAGGCAGGCAGCUGGCAGUUUUAUCAUUUUGGUAAAUUAAAUACAAAUAUGGACAUGACUGUUGCUGUAGAGAUAAUGGCCUUUCCUUUUUUACUUGUAUCAGCAUUGUCUUUCUAUUGUUAUAGUAUUAUUUUUGUUUUGUACAUGAUAAUAGACUUCAGAGAUAUUAGCAUUUAUUAACAUGAAACAAUAAACCUCCAUU